CACUGUCAAUAUAAUUAUUUAAUGGUCUGUUAUUAUGUGUGUAAAAUGGAGAGUCGUUUUCAAAAUCUAAGUGAUCUGCUUUAUCAGCAGAAUUUAGAUCGGAUUACGUACGAGAACGAGGACAAAUAUGAAAACGAUCGGUCCACAUCUGUCUCCCUGGAGGAGGAAGACUCGUUCGGUGUGGAUUUGAGCGGGAAGAAUGGAAAUUUAGGUGGGAAAUCGUUCACCAUCGCUGCGAUAUUGGGCCUCACGAAGUCCGAGGAUGUGAUGAAUUUAAGUGUGCAGGAGAGGCUUCAACAGAAUCAGAAGCAACUGGAGAACUAUUUGUAUUCGGGGCAUGAUGUGCAGAGGAUCAACGAUGGAUUCUGUAGGAUCGGUGUACCGGCGCUGCGGCAAGAAAAUUCCAGGGUGGAGCUAAGGCCGCAGGUGACCCAGGUAAAGGGAUCCCGAACACACUCCAUAUCUUGCUCCAAUGGAUCUGGCAGAAGCAAGCGUAUUCGUACGAUCUUCACUCCAGAGCAGUUGGAACGCCUGGAAGCGGAGUUUGAACGACAGCAAUAUAUGGUGGGGCCUGAACGGCUGUAUCUUGCUCAUGCUCUGCAACUCACUGAAGCACAGGUUAAGGUUUGGUUUCAAAAUCGACGUAUAAAGUGGAGGAAACACCAUCUCGAAGUGACGCAGCAGAGGCUAGCCGUGCUCCAGAGGCACAGACCCGAGGGCGAUGACGUCAUGUAGACUAUAGUAAGGUUUCCAUAGACAUAGAGUAAAAUGCCGCCAGUGUGAAUCCGAUUUUCGUAGCAUCAUCAUAGGAUUUUUACACCUAAUUAUUUCAGAAAAGAUUUUUUCGAAAACUAACGACU